AUGGCUCAGAGGGAGUCCCGCCCGCCCAUGCAGAUGUAUGUGGAAGUCGAAGUUGAUGCUUUGUCCAGCGCUUCAAGACGUUCCAUUUCAUCUUACCACCGACCUGAAUCUCCAACAUCCGCCGAGCCCAAUUUAAAUGGCCAGCCAGAUCUCCAGCAUACUCCAAACUCAUCAAAAAGUACAGACAAUGCAAGAUCCACACAUGGCUUGCUGCCGGUUCCAGGAGAAAGAAACCAACAACGUGCACACAAUCGUUCGCCAGAAGACAGUUCGCGGCGUGGAGUGAGAUUCGAGCCCAUUCCUCAACCAGAACCGGAGAAGAGAGAGAGUGGUGAUAGGGGCUUUAAUUCCACCUGGGAUAUCAACAAGGAGAAGAACCCAGCUGCAGAAUCUGGACCCCUGGCCGACCCUGAGCCAGAACCAACCGUCGAACCUGUCCGAUCCGCUCAGUCUUCAGAAGCCAGCCCUCUCUGGUACAGAACCCAAUUCAUUCCCCACCGAUACGGAUUGUCCUCGCGGCGUGAUCCUCUGCUUCGCGGACCUGUUCGAUCCAAAACUCUUCCCCCUGAGCUACCCUCUCGUAACGUGAAGGUCCCCGAUGAGAACUUUCCAAAACCGGUCCGCCGGACCACGGUUGUCGUUCCGGAUCAUCCGCAAACAGUAUCAGCAUCUCCCGUGGAAAAUAGUCUCCUCACGCGUUCCCCCCGUGGAUCCGCUCGUGGUUCUGGGGAAGUUGCCGUCACUGAACAAUCGAAGGAACGCUCUAGACAGUUAAACGUUGUUGAUGAUGUUGCAGUCUCUGGGGGUGGUAAACCGGAUGAACAGGGUGCUCGCAGUACAGAGCCUCACGUUACCUCCGCUCCAGGGAUUGAUCACUACGUAGAGGUACGUUCGAGGUCUUCGCCUCCGCCAUCCAAUGCGGUUGCGAUACCUCGAAAUUCCCACGAUGGAAGGAAUGCUUGGGUCAGAAGACGUCGGACCGGGGAAACAGAUGACACCGCCAUACCUCAGAGCCGCUCGAGUCCCGGUAUAUUUGGCACUGGCUAUAGAAGUGCGACAGUAGCAAGGAAAGCCAAAUGGAGGGACAACCCACCGCCCCCGCCGCCACCGCCUCAUCUGGACACUCCCAUUUAUAGCUACGGAUGGCUUGUGAAGCGUCUGCAUCGCCACAUGCCGCAUUUAGUGAAUGUGCAAGGCUUGGAUUGCAGGGAGCAUAGCAGAGGGGAUAUUGUUUGCUAUGACAGUCUAUCCCUUUUCAGUGGAGGACCACCGAGCCUUCAAGACCACAUAUCGCUCCAGACUGAUCGAGAUGAUACGUCGCUGUUUGAACGUAUACAUGAACUCAAACCGUACCGCGCUCGAAACGUCCGUUACCGGUACAUAUUGGUUGAGGAUCUGUCACCACGCCUUAUCGAUCAUCUUGGCCGUACCUUUUGGCUUAAUCCUGAAUUUUUUGAAGAGCAUCUCAACCGCAGUGGGUAUCGGUCAGACUCUUACGAUGAUCCAAUGCCGUCAACUUGGAACACAAAUGCCACCCCGAAAGACUACAUGUCAGUCCGCUGGUUUCGACCCGUCCACAGGACUCGCAUCAAACCACUCUCAGAUGUUGAGCGUGAUAUACUUUUGAGAAGGGACAAAGAAAACUCCAGCAGCGCCUUGAACUGGAUAAGCUCCACGGGCGAUGGCAAUGACCACAAUUCUGUGAGGCUUAAGACGAAUAUCUUCCGAAAAGAGUGGCCCAUUGUCUCGGACCCCAAUCAGGCCAAGUGGGAAACCUUGAACGAUGCCAGCACCUUCCCGGCGGCGUGGGAGGAGAGGAUUACGGUGCAGGUGUCAGAGACUGUGGGUCAACCUCCUGUGUACUGUGGUAAUUCUAACUUGUGUGGAGUUAUCAUCCUCUUGGAUCCCUUACCCACGCUCGAACUCACAAUUGAAUCUCUCCCCAGGACCAAAAAGAGCGAGGUGGCCAGAUCAAAUCUUGUCCCUUUCUUUCAAGCAUACAGUAGAGCCCCCAUCGGCCCCAAUCUUGGCCUCGUGGACGUUUUUAAUGGCCUUCCGCUGAGCGAGGGCGCUAUUGCUAUGCUAGGCGAUAAUCUUGCGAGUACCAAUUGCACACGGGAAGACCUUACAGCCUGGAUAAAAUCUGUGCACGACGUCCGGCCAGGGGACGUACAGAUGGAGCUGACAACCGGUUUGCUGUGGAUCAUCCACCGAGAUUGCAUCGGCUUUCUGAGCUAUGUGCACAAGGUACUAGAAGAGAUAGGCCUGCAUUCUACUGAUGAUUACCUCCUCCAGGAACGCCUUGCUCACUGGCGGAAUCUGAUCACAAGACUGCAAACCGAAUUACCGGCUAUGCGACUCUCCAUUAGGAACUUUUUCGAGUUCCUCGAGCAGUUCCAGCCGCUGGACCAAGCACGCGGCUUUAUACAACGCACUCUGGAGGAAAUCGACGGACUAAUCGACCAGAACGAGAGAUCCUACGCAGCCUUGCGCGCAGAUAUGGCUCUCCUAGAAAGCAAGCGCGGCAUCAAUCAAGCCGAGAGCGUGGGAAAGCUGACUGAACUGGGAUUUAUAUUCAUUCCCAUCUCUUGCAUCGCAUCUCUUUUCAGCAUGCAAGUACAACCGCUGUCCGAACCAGCCCCCUUGUAUAGCUUUUUUGUUGCCGCCAUCCUUACAGUCGGCAUCAUAUUCGGCAUACGUCUCGCACUUAGAAGCACGGCUUUAAUUGAGUACAAGCGAGAAACCUCUAGAAAGAUACGCCUUCGUACAAAUCUUAGUCCAGGAGCUCCCAUACCAACUCGGACAUUCAUACUGUACGUGGUCAGAGAUAGAAGGCUUUAUCUUACCAUAUUCCGCCCUCUAUGGGGCAUAGGGAUGGAAGUCUUUCUCGUCUUUUCGCUUUUUAUCGUUCUCAUGCUGCCUAUCAUCUUCCUGUGGGUACGGAAUACGGGUAUGGACAUCAGCUUCAAAAGCACCUUGACUAUCCUUUUCUUCCUGUUCUGCGGCUUGGCGCUUUAUCCAUUGGCAAAAGCCAGGUUUGACACUUCACCGAAAUCACUCUUCAAUCUAUCAGCCAAACAACAGUCCAACAAAGCGCGUGGAAGAUCUCCUAGCCCUGUCCGCAUCGAUAGUCCGUCCUUGAGUACGCCUUCCCACGAGCCGGAUCGUCAGAGGACAGGCAUCUUCAGGAACGUUAGGAGCAAAUUGAGCAAACUGAGAAGGAAAGUGACGGGCACCAGUCCUGAUAUCGAAGCUUCUUAUUAUACGGACCGUUCCUCGUCGCACGCCAAUCCCACUAGCAGAGUUGAGGAUUGGCGGAAUGAGGUGGAUGACGCUAGACGGCCCAGUUUCAGACGUACCUCUUCCGCGCAGCAAAAUGAGGAAGAAGUACGCCCGCAGACGCGUGAGAUUAACCCAGAGCCAGAAGGAGCGGAAUUCGCCAAUUCAGAUGAUGAAGGACUCUUUCAGCGUGGUGCUCCCACCAUUCCGCCACUGUCACCGCCUCCACCUCCGAUGGGUGCCGAUAGACCAAUCCAGUUACGGUACAUUGACACUGAACAUCCGACGCCCUUCGGAUCAGAGUUUCAUCGAAAUCUCGGCGAGAGAGAUAUACUACCAGAGAGCUACUACCGUCGUCCCAGCAGGGCGUCGUCAGGAUCCAUAGGCGAUACGAGCCUUGACCCAGCUGCCAUACCUCUGCCACCGUCCUCGGUGAGCAUAGGAAAAGGCUCCUCCCAGGCUGAGGGCUCAACCGCUUCUGCUAGGAGUAGCGGUAGGAGUCCUAGUUAG